AUGACAAUCACAGUUCCAGGAUAUCACACCAACACUCCGUUACACCCUUCUUUUGAUGAAGACAUUCGUGACCUUCACUUGGUAUACGAUUAUGAUGCUGAGGAUUCUGACGGUCAGCCUCAGAAGUGGCGCUACGAAAUGUGGUUUUUCUCGGACAAGCGUAUUGUAUAUUCAAUUCAAGGCGGUCCGAUGGCUGGCCGUCUAAAUUACCAGACCGUGUCUUUCCAAUGCAUUCGUCCUGGGGAGUUGUGGCAAUGCAAUUGGCUCGAAGAGACUGGCACAAUUGUGUCACUUGUGUAUGAUAUGAUGGAGCAGAAGAUAACAACCAUGAUUGGUUUCUCCAAAGGCCAUUGGGAGCAUCCUGAAGAUGCACACGGCGACAAGCGCAAUCCAGAGGACUACGCUCGCUGGCGCAAACUGGCCGAGCAUGGCACAAAUCGAGACCGUCUUAUCCUGUGUGAACAAGCCACGAUUAUCGAGACGUAUAAAGGUGCUGGCAAUCUCGUGCCGAUAGAUCCCGACUGCGAGACGCUCUAA